AUACGACGAUAUUUGCCUAAAAACAGCUGAAGAUUGACCACGUUCAAUCGGAGAUUGUUAUAUACUUCACACUGUGUGCUGAAUGUCCACAAUGUUUGAAAAUAUUUAAGAAUAUUGAUGUUUGGAAGAGUUUUUUUGAUUCCAGUGGAAUCUGUAGGAUUUUUUGUUUCUUUUUGUUUUUAAAAAAACAAAAAAGCUCACUCUUACACACAUACACAUACACACAAAAAAAAAAAAACCAUAUACGCUCAAGGGAAAAAACGACAAGAUAUCGAGACGCAGUUCCUGCAUAGCCCACAUCCGUUACCAUGCCCGUACAAGCUCCACAAUGGACGGAAUUUCUCUUGUGUCCGAUCUGCACCCAAACGUUCGAGGAGACCAUCCGCAAGCCCAUCAGCCUGGGCUGCGGCCACACUGUCUGCAAGAUGUGCCUGAACAAGCUGCACCGCAAGGCCUGCCCCUUCGACCAGACCGCCAUCAACACUGACAUCGAGCAGCUGCCGGUCAACUCUGCCCUGCUGCAGCUGGUCGGCGGACAGGUGCCCAAACAGCAGCCCCUCACCCUGCUAACAGGUGCGGAAGACACCAAGCACUAUGAGGAAGCCUGCAAGUGCGUGGAGGAGCUGGCGCUCUACCUCAAACCCCUCAGCAGCACCAGAGCAGGUGUGGGCCUUAACAGCGCCGCCCAGAGCAUGCUGAGCCGGCCCAUGCAGCGCAAGCUGGUCACGCUGGUGCACUGUCAGCUGGUGGAGGAGGAGGGCCGCAUCCGGGCCAUGCGGGCGGCCCGCUCCCUGGGCGAGCGCACUGUCACCGAGCUCAUCCUGCAGCACCAGAACCCCCAGCAGCUCUCCUCCAACCUGUGGGCUGCCGUGCGCGCCCGCGGCUGCCAGUUCCUGGGGCCAGCCAUGCAGGAGGAGGCCCUGAAGCUGGUGCUGCUGGCUCUGGAGGACGGUUCUGCUCUGUCCAGGAAGGUGCUGGUUCUGUUUGUGGUGCAGAGGCUGGAGCCGCGCUUCCCUCAGGCCUCCAAGACCAGCAUCGGACACGUGGUGCAGCUCCUCUACAGGGCUUCCUGCUUCAAGGUGACGAAGCGUGACGAGGACUCGUCCCUGAUGCAGCUGAAGGAGGAGUUCCGCACAUACGAGGCGCUGCGGCGCGAGCACGACUCGCAGAUCGUGCAGAUCGCCAUGGAGGGCGGCCUGCGCAUCGCCCCGGACCAGUGGUCCUCCCUGCUGUACGGAGACCAGUCCCACAAGUCCCACAUGCAGUCCAUCAUCGACAAGUUGCAGACACCGGCGUCAUUUGCGCAGAGCGUGCAGGAGCUGACCAUCGCCCUGCAGCGGACGGGAGACCCGGCCAACCUCAACAGGCUGAGGCCGCAUCUGGAGCUGCUGGCUAACAUCGACCCCAGCCCAGACGCACCGCCUCCCACCUGGGAGCAGCUAGAUAAGGGCCUGGUGGCGGUGAAGACCGUGGUCCACGGCCUGGUCGACUUCAUCCAGAACCACAGCAAGAAGGGAAGCGACCAGCAGCAGCCGCCUCAGCACAGCAAGUAUAAGACCUACAUGUGCCGGGACAUGAAGCAGAAGGGCGGGUGUCCGCGGGGGGCCAGCUGCACCUUCGCGCACUCGCAGGAGGAGCUCGAUAAGUACCGCAAAGUGAACAAGCGCCUGGCGGCUCGCCGGCCUCUCAGCCAGUCCCUCACCCAGCUGAACGAGGUGGGGCUUCCCUGCUCGCCAGGCCUCCUGCCCGAGGACGGCGGUGCCGUGGAGGGGAUGGGCCGUAAGCCGUCCGCCAUCGUCAACGGCAUCACGGCGGCGGGGCCCGGCUCCACGCUGACACAGCUCAUUUCCCGCGGCACCGACCCGGCAUAUGACACGGGACGCAAGUCUGGGAAGAUGGAUCCGGUCAGCCAGAGCGUGCCGGGAUCACCCCCAGACUCCCUGGACUCUGUCCCCAAAUCUGUGAUGACCAUGAACCCCCAUGGCAUGUCCCAUCCCAGGAUGGCGGCUGAAAACCUCCCCAUGCACAAGCAGCUGCCAGUGGUUCCGAGGGGACCCCAGAUAUACCCCCAGCAGCAGCCCGAAAUCUUCUACCCCGAACCCCGGGCACCGGCUUCUGCAUCACAGUAUGAAUCCUCUCAGUAUCCCACAGGCAACCCGUACCCCUACCAGCCCUCGCAGUACGUCCAGCAGCGCUUCAUCCGCAACGCCCCCCCACCCAGCGAGCCGGGCAUGCCCCCUUACCAGGACCCCUACCCGGGCCCCUACGUGCCGGAGCGCCAGUACCCCUCCCCGCAGUCGGGCCACCAGUUCUCUGCCAUGACCCAGCAUGUGUACCCCCCUCACUACGACAGCCGCCGUCACUCCCCCUACCCCGGGCCCCCGCCCCCGCAGUCCUUCCCGCCGCGCGACGAGCCCGUCAGGAUGAGCCCCGUGCCUGUGGACAUGCCCCCUCCGCCCCCUCCUCCGUCGGCGGGCUCCCCCUACCUGCCGGAAUCCUCUCGGGAGAGGUACCCUCCGGAAGGCUACUACCCCGUCGGUCCCCACCCCGGCCAGAUGAGGUCCUACACCACCAGGGACCCCUGCCGGCCCCAGCCCACGCUGGACUACCUUCACCGCAGGCGCAAGGAGAUCAUGGCCCAGCUGGAGGAGAGGAAGGUCAUCUCUCCCCCGCCCUUUGCCCCCUCGCCAACGCUCCCCCACAAUUUCUCUACCAACUACCCACCUGAGCAGUACAUGGAGGAGAACUCUCAAGCUUUCGGGAAGGGUCGGGAGCCGAGCUACGCUGGCCAGUACUCCCCCUGGUCGUGUGACACCAUCAGCUCCUACAUUGGCACCAAGGAUGUCAAAUCCAAAGACGUCAUGGCAGGCGGUACCAUGGAGAUGAUGAAUGUAGACAGUAAAGGCUUAAGGGAGCAAGCUGUGGACAUCCAGCGCAGGUCUGCCGAGGCCAAAGACGAUGACCCCAUCAUCCCCUUCGGCCCCUUGCCUACCGUGUCCCGCUUCGGCGCCAUCUCCCGCACCCCAAAAACCGGCUACCAAACCUCUGGUCCAGUCCAGGCCAUGGCCUCUUCACAGGGAUCCGCCCCCAAACAUGUCACUGUCGCAGCUGAUUACACGUAUGGGAAUCACGGAGGCUGGGGCACGGCCUCGUAUCCUCAGCACCAAAACAUGACCUCUCAGGGACACUUCAGUGAGCGUCUGUCCACACCUGCCCAGGAUAGGGAGCAGCUGAAGAUGGAGCUGCAGCAGGUGAACCAGCAGAUCAACCAGCAGACCCAGAUCCGCGGCAUGGAGGCCGCUGGCAGCACCUUCCUACUGCAGAGGGAGGCCGGUGCGCUGGCCGCCCCGCCAGGACCUGGCGAGUGGUCGGCGGGGAGCAUCUCCAGUGAGCAAUUGAGCCUGGAGCUGCACCAAGUGGAGAGGGAGAUCGGCAAGAGAACCCGCGAGAUAGCCAUGGAGAACCAUGCAUCUCAUGAUGUCAAAUACAAACUGAAGUCUACAGAGAAUGGGCAGCCUGACCACAAAGCCCAGAGGGAGGACCACUCCAUGGCCCUCAGCGAGAGCUCAAACGGUUCUAGCAGCAUGCUGCCAGACAGCAGCGGGAGCAGCAGCAGCAUGUCGUCUCUGACCAGCAAGACGUCCUCCCUCAGCCUGUCUGCUGACCUGGGGGCCGGGAGCUCGGACCUGCAGAAGAACGGCGUGGUCCACCCCUGCUCCUAGGCACCCCGCCCCGGCGACGCCGGGCACGGGCUCGUUAUCACCACCACUACUAUCAGCUGCACAGAAAGUGGGGGAGGGAGGAGCUGUGUGAGCCCCUGCCUCCCCGGCUUCCUGAUCAGCGGGGCUUCACAGCAGCAGCUCCUCCAGGCUUUGUGAGUCUAAUAUACCCCACCCACAUUGGCCGAAGCCUGACGGGGCCUAUUUUUGUCAGUGAGGCUGGGGUUUGAGGAACCCUUUCCUCUCUGGCGUUCAUUUUUGAAAGACUGCUUUAGGUUUCUCGGCUGUUAGAUAUUUGACAUGUAAGGGCUAUGGCUUCAGCUCACCCAAUAAGAGGCCGUCGGUUUCCAUAUUCAGGCAAAUGUGGGUGGGGUACAGUAGAUGAUUUCCGUACAUUAGACACAACACAAACACGCAAAUACACACAACUUGCGCACACACCUUCAU